AUGAAGAAGGAAGAGGAAGAAGGAAGAAGAAAGAAAAGGGAAGAAGAGGAAAGAAGAAGAAGGAAGAGGAGGAGGAAGAAGAAGGGGAAGAAGAAGAAGAGGAAGAAGGGGAAGAAGAGGAAGAAGGGGAAGAAGAGGAAAAAGGGGAAAAAGGGGAAGAAGGGGAAGAAGAGGAAAAAGGGGAAGAAGGGGAAGAAGAAGAAGAGGCAGAAGGGGAAGAAGAGGAAGAAGAGGAAGAAGGGGAAGAAGAGGAAGAAGAGUAAGAAGGGGAAGAACAGGAAGAAGAGGAAGAAGAGGAAGAAGGGGAAGAAGAGGAAGAAGAGGAAAAAGGGGAAGAAGAGGAAGAAGAUGAAGAAGAUGAAGAAGAGGAAGAAGAGGCAGAAGGGGAAGAAGAGGAAAAAGGGAAAGAAGAGGAAGAAGGGGAAGAACAGGAAGAAGAGGAAGAAGGGGAAGAAGAGGAAGAAGAGGAAGAAGGGGAAGAAGGGAAAGAAGAGGAAGAAGAGGAAGAAGUGA